CAGUCCUUUCUACUUGUGGCAUUCUAGAUUAGGGCACUUGUCUGUUGACCGCUUACGGUCUUUAGCUCAGUCAGGUAUAUUAGGUAAAGUUUAUCCUAGUGAACUUAGUGAAUGUUGAGGGUGUAAACUUGCCAAAAUGACGGCCUUACCUUUUCGUAAAAGUACUUCUAUCUCUGAUACACUGUUUUUUUUAGUUUAUAUUGAUGUUUGGGGCCCUUCUCCUAUUCUCACCAAAGGGGGUUCUGCAUACUAUGUGUCAUUUGUUGAUGACUGCACCCGUUAUACUUGGGUUUAUCUUAUGAGGCAUAAGUCCGAUUUCUAUCAGCUAUACCGUACCUUUCAGUCUAUGAUUACUACUCAGUUUAGGUCUCCCAUUAAAGUGUUACAGUCUGACUUGGGUGGGGAAUAUUUUAAAAAUGAGUUCUGUGAGUAUUUGGCCAAUUUGAGUACCAUUCACCAAACUUCCUGUACAGAUACACUUGUCCAAAAUGGUCGAGCUGAGUGUAAACACCGUCAUCUCCUUGAGACAGCUAGGUCUUUUCUUCUCUCUGCCUUAGUUCUGGCUCCGUUUUAGGAGGAGGCAGUUCUUACUGCUGCUUUUCUUCUCAACCGCAUGCCUACUCUCCUUCGUUCUGGUCAGUCUUCUUAUGAGACUUUGUUCUCCCAAAUUUCUAAUUACUCCUUUCUUCGUGUGUUUGGGUUUUCCUAUUUUGUCCUUCUCCGCAAAGAUCAGACCAAACUUAGUUCCCAGUUUGUCCCAUGUGUAUUUUUGGGUUAUCAUCUUACUCAGAAAGCCUAUCGGUAUUACAACCCUGUUUCCCAUCGUCUUUAUGUCUCCCGUCAUGUUUCUUUUCUCGAACGCCUGCCUUGCUUUCAGCUUCGGCCUAUCACUGCUCCGGUUUCCAAAGAGGAUUUGGCUCACAUUGUUCCAUUUCCUUCUGAGGUCCCUACUGAUGAGUGCGUCUUUACUGUUCCCCAUGAACUUGUUCCCUCUUCUCCUCUUUCUCCCCAUCCUACUCAUUCUCUUCCUUCGUUGUUAGUUUAUUCUCGUCACCAGGCUCUCCCUCCCCCAGUUGUCUCUGCCCUUACUGUUGAUCCUCCUGCUUUUGACGACUCUGAUCCUGCUGCACACCAAUAUCCUACUCGAGAGCGUCAUCCUCCAAAUAGGUUGAGUUGGUCUAAUACAUGUUUUUCUGUUUGCUAUCGUACUUUUUUGUCUACUAUUCAUUCUUUUUCAGAACCUCAGUCUUACAAGGAGGCCUGUCAGGAUGCCACUUGGGUUCGAGCUAUGGAUGAGGAGUUGUUUGUCUUACAGAAGACUAACACUUGGGCAUUGGUUCCGUUGCCUGCUGGCAAGAAUUUGGGACAUGAUUCGGGCUAUACGUGAUUGCAAAACUGCAGCAGAGGAGCGAGCUGUUGUAAGAAAAGAGUGUGCUGCAAUUCGUGCAGCAGUUGAUGAUAAUGAUCAAGAUUAUAGUCAUCGUAAUAUUGCGAAGCUCAUGUUCAUUCACAUGCUUGGUUACCCCACACAUUUUGGUCAAAUGGAAUGCCUGAAGUUAAUUGCAUCUACUGGAUUUCCAGAGAAGAGGAUAGGAUAUCUUGGCCUUAUGUUGCUUCUUGAUGAAAGGCAAGAAGUACUGAUGUUGGUCACAAACUCAUUGAAGCAAGAUCUUAAUCACUUCAACCAGUACAUCGUUGGACUAGCUCUUUGUGCUUUGGGGAAUAUAUGUUCUGAGGAAAUGGCUCGUGAUCUUGCACCUGAAGUUGAAAGAUUGCUGCAAUUUCGAGAUCCAAAUAUUCGGAAGAAAGCAGCAUUGUGCUCUAUAAGGAUUAUAAAGAAAGUCCCGGACCUGGCAGAAAUUUUUAUAAACCCUGCUGCUGCUUUACUUAAGGAAAAGCACCACGGAGUUUUAAUAACCGGACUCCAGCUCUGCACAGAUCUAUGUAAAGUCAGUUCAGAAGCUCUUGAAUGUUUUAGAAAGAAAUGCACAGAGAGUGUGGUCAAAGCCCUAAAGGACAUUGUGAGCAGUCCAUAUGCACCUGAAUAUGACGUCUCUGGGAUUGCAGAUCCUUUUCUCCAUAUCAGAUUGCUCAAGUUUUUGCGAAUAUUAGGCCAAGGAGAUGCAGAUGCUAGUGAACGGAUGAAUGACAUCCUUGCUCAGGUUGCGACAAAAACUGAGUCAAACAAAAAUGCCGGAAAUGCCAUUCUGUAUGAAUGUGUCGAAACUAUCAUGAGCAUUGAAGAUAGUGGCGGUUUGCGGGUGCUUGCUGUCACUAUCUUGGGAAAAUUCCUGUCAAACCGUGACAACAAUAUCAGCUUUUCUGUCAGAUAUGUUGCUCUGAACAUGCUGAUGAAAGCUACAGUAGAUACACAAGCAGUGCAGAGGCAUCGAGCAACAAUCUUGGAAUGUGUGAAGGAUUCGGAUGCUACUAUUCGUAAAAGGGCCCUUGAACUUGUGUUUCUUCUUGUGAAUGAAAGCAAUGUAAAGCCUUUGACAAAAGAUCUUAUUGAAUGUCUGGAAGUGAGUGAUCAAGAGUUCAAAGGAGAUCUUACAGCCAAAAUUUGUUCCAUUGUCGAAAAGUUUUCCGCGGAAAAGAUUUGGUACGUUGAUCAGAUGAUUAAGGUUCUCUCUGAGGCAGGAAAUUUUGUAAAGGAUGAAGUUUGGCAUGCCCUUAUUGUUGUGAUAAGCAAUGCUUCAAACCUCCAUGGAUAUACAGUACGGUUUCUAUACAGAGCAGUCCAAACAGCAGGUGAACAGGAAAGUCUUGUCCGAGUGGCAGUUUGGUGCAUUGGAGAAUAUGGUGAAAUGUUGGUCAAUAAUGCUAGAAUGCUUGAUAUAGAAGAACCAAUGACUGUAUCAGAGUCUGAUGCAGUGGAUGUCAUAGAGAUAGCUAUAAAGUGCCAUAGCUUGGAUCUCACCACUCGAGCGAUGUGUUUGAUUGCUUUGUUAAAGUUGUCUUGUCGCUUUGCUGCUUGUUCACAGAGGAUAAAGGAUAUAAUUGUUCAAUAUAAAGGAAGCUUUGUGCUUGAACUGCAGCAGAGAUCAAUUGAAUUUUGUUCAAUCAUCGAGAAGCAUCAGAAUAUCAGGUCUGUCCUUGUUGAAAGGAUGCCAGUUCUAGAUGAGGCGACUUACAGUGUAAAGAGGGUUGGUUUUUUGCCAAGAACUGUUUCAACUUCGACUGGAGCUUCACUUGAUCUUCCAAAUGGAGUUACAAAAUCAACAACUGCCCCUCUUGUUGAUUUACUAGAUCUAAGUUCAGAUGAUGCACCAGCACCUAGCCCUUCCGAUGGCAAUUUUCUUCACGAUCUUCUUGGUGUUGACUUAUCACCAGCUUCAUCACAACCAG